AUGAGGAUCGACUGCGUGGAACGACGUUUCGCACACCUUUUCGGACUCUACAGGUGAACAGAAAAAAGAAAAGAAAAGAAACAGUUGAACUCGGCCCUAAUGGACUUGCUCUCGCGUCUUUUUUCGACCCCGAAAAAGUGCAAAUUGUACACGGAAAGGGCGGUGCACGUGCAGAAGCUUGUUUGAGAGUUUUCGCGACGGAAAAUGUUGCUAUAUUCCUUCUGAAGACUUUUGAAGUAGAUUAUAAAAGGAUUGAAGGCGAUCAAAAAGAUUUUCUGAGAAAAACAAAAAUGUCAAGCUAAAGCUCAAAAUUUUUACCAAAAGGAGGGUUUUAAGAUGAUCAUUGUAGCGUUCCCGGUUGGAACAUAUUGCCAUAUUCCUUCGGAAGGUUUUUAAUCUGAGCAACAAGUAUUUCUAAUAUUGAAAUUUUACCGCUCAAAGACGAUCCGAUAAGUUUUCUACAAAAAAUUACAAUAUUUCCAUAAGUUUCCAUGUAAAGAGAGUUUUUAAGGCUAAUUUUAGAGUUUCAUGGCUGGAAAGUGUUGCUAAGUUCCUUCUGAAGAUUUUUCAAUCUGAGCAAUAAGUAUUUAUAUAUUAAAUUUGUACUGAUUUUACCUUUUACAAAGAGCUCCGAAAACGUUUUUCAUUGAAAAAUACAAAUUUUCCGAAAUUCCAUGCCGAAAACCUUCAAAGUUUUAAUGUAAAGAGAGUUUGUAAAAACGACCCAAAAAUUACAAAAUUUUCAAACUUCCAUGCUGAAAAGCUCAAAACUUCCCGUGAAGAGGGUUUUUCAAUGUUAUUUUUAGCGUUUUUGAUAGGAAAAGGUUGCUUGAUUUCCUAUGAAGAUUUUGAAUUGUGCAAGGGAAGUGAUAAACAAGAAUGAAUGUUUAGAGAGUCUUAUAAUACAUUUUUGUUCCUGUAAAGUACAGUAAAAAGAGAAUUAAAAGGGUUCUGAAUAAAUUCAAAUUUUUCUACAAGUUUUGAAACUGUUUCAGUGGAGUCGUGGUCCGGCAUCCAUGGCCCUUCUUCAUCAUUCCACUGUUCAUCAGCGCUGCAUUAUCCACAGGCCUUGUCAACCAUCAACAGGCCUUUCUGAAGGUGAUUUUGAUUAUUUUCUGACAGUCGUUCUUCGAGUUGAGCCUUUAUUUUUCAAAUUUUCAGUUUAUGGAUGAAUUGAGACUUUUAGAAAUUUGAAAAAGACUAGCUUUCAGGAUGAAUUGGAACUCUACACCCCCACAGACGCUCAAGCGAGAGCCGAACUCAAACAACUCGACGAACUUUUUCAUAUCAACGAUUCUGAUCCAUUUUAUGCGACGAGAAGGUAAUUUUUAGGUGAAAACUAGAAAAAAUAUGGAAGAAAAUCCACAUUUUUGAGCAAAAAUCGGUCAAAAUAUGCCAGAAAUUGAGUUUAUAAGUACUGGGUUGUUUAGGAGAGUUGAAAAGGUUCAGAAAAGAUUUUUGGAGGUUUUCAAAUCCUUUAAAAGGUUUUUAAAUUAUUUCAAGGCAGUUGUUGAGUGGAACCCUGGAAAUAAGUUAGUUUACGAACUUUGAGCUCAAAAUAAGUCGUUUUUUGGUUAUACCGUGUUAUUAAUAAUAGGUUUUUAAUGUGAUAUAUGUACUCCCUGUUUCUUUGUUGAUAUAAUAUUUUUUUUUUUGGAAUUUUUCUCACUUUUAUCGAUUUGUGCUAAGCUUCUUGAGUGAAAUGUUGAUUGUCUGCGUCUCUCUGUUCCCUCACCGGCGAGGUCAGAGAAACGUGAAAAUAGCACGUAAACUUGAGAGAGUCGCUGAGAGACCAAGAGGGCGCAGAGAAAAAAAGUAGUUUCAAGUCGUGAAAACACGCAGGAAAAGAUCGUAAACCAAACUUUGAGCUCAAAAAAAUUAAAUUACUUUGGUUUCUGAACGACAAUUUUUGAAGGUACGACAUCAGACGUGCCGGCUACAUAAUCGUGACGCAUCGAGACGACGACGAAGAUAUUCUGAAUCCUCUGGUUAUGCACGCCGCCAUGCAGCUCUGGACAGUUGUUCAGGUCGGUUUCUCUUAGAUUUAGAGGGAAUUUCAAGCUAUUUUUUCAAGUUUUCAGUUUUUUUUUUAAACGUACUGAUGAUUAGAUUCUGAGACUCCUUGAAAAUAUUAAAAAAUCGAUUUUUAUGGCAAGUUUUGAAUGAAUGAAUGAGUGAUGAAAAUCAAACUUCGAAACAUCAUAACUCCAGUCAAAAUGCUCAGAUUCGGAAAAAAUCUACUGCUGUGAUAUUUUCAAUGUGGUCACUUCUCCAUAAGAAGAGACUAGAUUUUCAGAACCUUAGCAAUCUGAAAAAAAUUUGUUUUUGAAAAAUGAAUAAAAUAAAACUCCGAAAAAAAAAUCAUAACUCCAUUGAAAUUGCUCAGAUUGAGGUAAAAAUCAACAUUUUAAAACUUCUAAUCGUGUCCUCUUCCAUAUGAGAAAGAGAUUUGACGCCCAGGAGCUCAUAUAUCUGAAAAAUGAUCUUAUAAAUUUGACGAUUAAGUUUUUUUGAGGUUUCUUCAGGUCCUAACACAUUUUGGUUUUUGAUAUAUUCACGAUUAUUUUUGAACUUUAUUAAAAAUUUACUGACUUUCCUGAUUUCUGACACUCUGAGCUUCCUAUUUAACUUAUUAAGCCAAGAAAAAAAUGAAUCUAAUUAGAUUUCUAGAGUUUCAAGACAAGAUUUCACUCCUAGCAAACGAAAGUGUCGCAUUUUCAUGACUUUGAUGUUUCUUGAGACUUUUUUAAUAAAUUUUGGGAUUUUUUUCACAUUGCUAAAAAAAAAGGAAAAAAAAGAGAGCGAGAAAUUUGGAAAAAACAGUUUUAAUAAGAUUUUUUUCGAGGUUUGCCUGAAAAGAGUUGCCUGAAAAAUGACUGGAACACUCCUUGAUGUACUAAAAGAAAGUUCUGAAAGUCUCAACCUGCAUAACUUUUUAGUUUUUAAGAAAUUAGGGCUCAAAGUCAGUGAAAACCCUCAAAUUGCCUCAAAAUGGGCUAUUUUCGGGCUGAGUCCCUAUUUAUCAAAAACUAAGAAAUUAUGCAGGUUGAGACUUUCAGGAUCAUCUUCUGACACAUCAAGAAGUGUUCUGACCAAUUUUCGAAAAAUUCCCAAGCGCAAAAUAAAAUGACUUUCCUUGUUAGUAGCAUUUUCAAAGGAAAAUUCAGUUUUUUUUUAAAAUCAGUUUAAAUUUUCAGUCGCUGACCGUGGAGGACGAAGAAGACCGACGGAUUAAUUAUCCGAGUAUUUGCGUGAAAUUUCCGAUUCCGCCAGAAUUCAGCAAGGCUCUUCACACGUUGUUCAACCCCAACAUGACGACGUGAGUUUUUUUUUUUUUGAGAGUUUUGAAGAACAGGGAACUAUUUUGAAAAUCAGUCUUUUUAAUGCGAUUUUUUGGAUAUUUACGGGAGGAUUUCUUUGAUUUUCGGUGAUUUUUUGCGAUUCUGGGAAAAUUUUUAGUAGUCACUAUAGAGGCUCGCCAAGGACUACUUGGAGAGGACACUAAAGUGGCCACUAAACUCUUCUCUAUAGUGGCCUCUAUUUUCCGUUUUAGUGGCCACUGAAGUAGUGUUUCAUCCAGUAUUCCUUCCACUAACUCUGAUAAUUUUAUAACAAGCAUAUUGGACCAGUUGUGUUGAUCCACGGACCCCUAAAGUGGCCACUAAAACUUUUAGUGGUCUAGUAGUAGCACUGAGACCUCUAUAGUGGCCACUAAUCUUUAACCCCUUACGUGGCCACUAAAUUGACUACUAUAGUGGGCACUAAAAUGUCAAAACCCUAUAGUGGUCACUAAAAGUUUUCCUAUUAUCCCAACUUUCGUACAGUAAACUGGGACUCGAUAUUGAUUCAAGUUGUGGAUUUUAUUAAAAUUUCCAUUUCCCUAUGAAGUUUACUUUUUCAAACCUUGUCCUUAAAUAGCUGUUUUUAAAUAAUUAUUGAUGUUCAAACUACGCAUUUACUUUAAUCUUACAAGUACCAAACUACAUCCAUUCCACGAACUGAACCUAUUUUUAAUGUAAACGGGCGGCUGGAGACACAAUGCCCAAUGUACCUCGCAACAAUCAGCCUCGUUGUCCCCCGGGGAAACCCUGGGGCGUAAUCCCCUCCGCCGACCUCCAAGCCAUCCCAAAAGUCAACAGACGUCGUCGUCUUGGUCAUCGUUGUCGUUGAACCGAAACCUCCUCGGCAAAACUUCCUCCUUGUAAAGGCAUAGGGACAGGAAAAAAAGGGGGGUUGAAACUGUAGGGUAGCAAUUUUUGUCGUGGAUCAGAAUAUCUACUUGAAAUUACAUUAAACUUGCUAGUUUCCCGAGAAAAAAACGCGUUUGAAGGGUGAAUUUGCUUCUAAGGGGGAGAGGCGUUCGAGUUUCUAUGCUUGUAUUUUUCGUAGUGGGGGGUGGGCUUGAACUUUCAUGCUUGUAUUUUUUUGUAAUAAGGGGGAUUAAGUUUUUUUAUGCUUGUACUUUUGUAGGGGGAGACUUGAGUUUUUUUAUGCUUGUAUUUUUUUGUUGUUGGGAGAGGGGGAAGCUUGAGUUUUAUGCUCAUAAUUUUAUAGGUGGGGGACUUGAAUUUGAGUUUUUUUAUGCUCGUAUUUUUUUGUAGUGGAGGGGGGUUUGAAAGUUUUUUUAUGCUUGUAAUUUUUGUAGUGGGGGGGGUGGGCUUGAACUUUCAUGCUUGUAUUUUUUUGUUGUUGGGAGAGGGGGAAGCUUGAGUUUUAUGCUCAUAAUUUUAUAGGUGGGGGACUUGAAUUUGAGUUUUUUUAUGCUUGUAUUUUUUUGUAGUGGAGGGGGGUUUGAAAGUUUUUUUAUGCUUGUAAUUUUUGUAGUGAAUUCUAAUUUUUUGAAGGCACAGGGACAGUAAAAAAAUCGCUUCUGUAGGACCAAGAAUGUAGAAAAAAAUGUUUUUUUCUAUAGAUCCGUAUAUCAACAAGCAUAGGGACAGUAAAAAAACUCACUUCUAGUGGUUCGCAAUUGUAGAGUAAUUGUUUUUUUGAUCUAUUUUUUGAGAAAACAAGUACUUUUUUCGGUUAUUUCUUCUGUUCUGUUGAAAAAAACGCGUCCGGUUUCCAAUAUCAGUUUUUUUUUCGAAAGUAAGAAGUCUUGAGCAAUUUGAAGCAGAUAUUCGAAACCUCUACAUCAAGAUCUAUUCUAAAUUUUUCUUUUUCUGCUCAAAAUGAUAGCUUUCGAAAUAUCUACUGCCCCUUAAAAGAAUUUCGAGAUGAAGCCUUGCGGCGGAGGAUCCGCCAAAAGGCUCUCGAAAAGUCGAAGCCGAAAGCUUGGACUCUUGCCAGCUAUACAGACCUGUUUGUCGUGUCAACAUGCACGUUUUAGAGCCCGAAAGCCGCCGGGCGAUACAUCAAAAAUGGCUGGGUUGGAUUGAUCUUUGAGGGAGAAUGUUUCAAAAAUUAAAUUUUUUUUUCGAAAAGUUGUGAAAACUGUUCAUUUCGUUGGGAUUUGAAAAAAGGAACUUUGAACAGGUUGAAAAAGUUUAUUUAAUAAUCAUAUUGAGCAGUUUGACCCCUCCCCUUUAACUUUUAAUGAAACUUUGCUGAAGUGUUCUUUAGGACCUCCUGAUUCCAGAACAAGAAUAAAAUUUCUCGCGAUAGAUCUCGUUUUCGAGUUAGGACACUUCAAAAGCCCGAAAUAGCGCUUUUUUGGACUAAUUUGCGUAUUUUGCACACUUUGAAGCUUAAAAACUCGGAAUUUCGCGAGAAAUUUUUUUCUGUUCUAGAAUCAGGGGGUCUUAAAGAAAAAAAGGGGGAAGUUAUUCAGUCAGCAUCUUCGAAGAAAUAUUUAUAAACACCUCUUUUCUGCCUCCAAAACACAUAAGAUGACGGAUACAUCUUGAAAAUCGUUUUUUUAUCCUUUUUUUAAAAGCCUCUUGUACCUGAAAUUUAAGAAAUUUCAGGAAGUAUUCACAAAAAUUUGUCAAUGUUUAAACCCCCAUUGAAUUCAACAAAACGGCUCGUGUUUGAGAAAAAAAUUUUUGGGGAUUUUUUUAUUUUUCGAAGCUCGAUGAUUUUUUUAUAUGUUUUUAUUCUAUAGGUUUUGACAUCUAAUACAGUACUGGCCAUAAAGGUAUUUCAAAGUGGUUAUUCGAGCAUAACUUCUUUGAAAGUGGCUCAAAUAGCUUGAAACUUUGCAAAAAUUUUUAAAUAGCUACGCAGUAACUUUUUCCCAAGUAAAAAUUGUUUGCUCAAGUCAGACCGGAUUUGAGAGCAAAAACCAAAAAAAUCGUGAAAAUCAAGAUUUUUUUCUCUUGAGAUUCGAAAAAAAUCAUAUUUUCAAAGAAACUUCGUUUUCGAACCAGAAACUUUUUCCCCAGUAAAACAAGUCUUCGGCUUUCCAAAAAACCUAAUCAGCCCCUCACCAACCCGAUAGUAAGAGCGUAGUGACUUUUUCUUCGAAAGGCCCUUGCGUUUUGAAGCCUCCUCAUUCAAAUGGACUAUACGAGGUCAUUUUUUUGUUUUGAGAACACCCUGUAUCAUGUUGAAAAAAAUUUUUGAAACACCCUCAAAAAUAGUUUUACACUGAUUUCUUCAGCUUUCUCACUUUAUCUGCUCUCCAGAACUCACUAACUUCACUAGGACCGAUUUUGAAACCUCUGAAGUUUUGUUUUUUGGGAAAAAGUUACUGCGUAGCUAUUUAAAAUUUUUGCAAAGUUUCAAGCCAUUUGAGCCACUUUUUAAAGAAGUUAUGCUCGAAUAACCACUUUGAAAUACCUUUUAUGGCCAGUACUGUAUAUAAAAUAUAGGAGAUAUAAUCAAAAAGUUUCACCCUUGAAGAAGCUUUUUUUGAGCUUUUAAAAGGGCUUCACUAAACAUUUUCCCUUUUUCUUCUUCAAAAAAGAAAAUCAGCGAGAAAAAGUGUUCACCCGUAUAUUUGAUCUGAACUUUUGAUUGACUACUGCCCUUACAAAAAAAAACGACUCGACCAAAAGAUUGAGCCGUUUGACAUGAGGGGACAAACAUUUUGACGGUUUUCUCUCUUCUCGGGGACCAUCAUUUGAGCUCAAAUAUAGACGGAGAGAAUUGAGCUUUUCCGUUUUUGUGCUACUUGCAAGAUAGAUAAGGUGAUCCCUAUAGGGGUCCUAAGACUGCCCCUUUAGGGAUCGCUCUGGCGGAAUAUUGCUCUCCAACAUGAAAUUGACUUAUAAAUCCUCCUUGAAUCUGUAAUGUCAUCUUCAAAUGUUAUCAGGCCCGACGAGAUCUGCGUCUCGAACCCGUUGGUGGAGAUGUUCAAGCUGUUGCUGGUUUCGGAUCGGUCUUUCCUGAACCGAUCGAUUGACGAGAUGACGCUGGGCCAGAUUUCCGACGCGAUUCAGUUCGACAGCGGCGGAAUGACUCAUCUUCUGGGCGGAGUCACGUUGGACGAUGAUAGGAGGAUUUCUGGUCGGUUUUUGAGGUGUUAUACUGAAAAAAAUCAAGGAGUAAUAUUAAAAUUUCAUUACAAAGAUCCAAAAUUCUGUUUUAAGUGAAUAUAGGGAUUAGUACUGAGAAAAUUCGAAGCCCCAAAAAAGUCCAUCAAAACGUACAGAAAAAUCUCAAAAAGUUGAUUUUAAUCGGGUUUUCACAGCGGCUUUGUAGAGGAAUGUUUACAAAAAGCAGUUUUUCAGAAUUUUCUUCAAAUUUUAAAGCCUUUUUUCCGCUUUUUAUUGAGCUUAGAAGAUAGUUUGUUUUCCUGUUUCAGGGAGCUGUUUUCUGAGAUUGCCUGUUACAAAAUUUUCAUUGAACGAAUCAAAAAAUUUCCCCAGAUGAUCAUUUUAACAUUUUGAAGUUGAAUAGAGCUAACAAGGUAGGAAAAUUUUUCACAAAACUCUUUGAUUUUCCAGGUUAAAAAUUUUUCAACCGGCCUAACCUCCGUACUUUUCGGAAAAGAAAAACUCAAAGCUCAUUUUAGGGGGUUUCGAGGAUUAUAUUUUACUUUUUAGUGGCCCCUAAGGCUCGCCAAGGAUAACUUGGAGAGGACACUGAAGAGGCCACUAUGAAAGCUCUCUAUUUAGUGGCCACUUAAGUAGUUUUUCAUCCAAUAUUCCUUCCAGUAACUCUGAUAAUUUUUAAACAAACAGAUUAGAUCAGUUAUGUUGAUCCAUUGACCCCUAAAGUGGUCACUGAAAUUUUUAGUUGUCUAGUAGUAGCACUUAGACCUCUAUAGUGGCCACUAAUAUUUAACCCCUUAACUGGCCACUAAUUUGACUACUAUAGUGGCCACUAAAACGUCUAAACCCUAUAGUGGCCAACAUUUUCCCAGUUGAGGUUUUUUUUUUUUGAUAAAUAGGAAAUUUUACGGGUUGAGACUUGACCUAGUACAUUAAGGAAGGUUUAGGCAAAUUUUCAGGGUUUUCCGAACCAAAAGUGGAAUUAUUGUCCUUGUAAGAGCUUAAUAGUCUUAGGGAAGCUCUAAAAAAGUUGAAGAAAAUUCAUUUUUCCAGGAGCCAAGGCGAUGAUGCUCCCCUACGCCCUGCGACACUCCUCCCAAGUCGAAGACUGGCUGGCCGAGAAGUGGGAGAUCAGACUCGCCGACUUCCUUCUCCAGUACAAUUCUCCGGUGAUCCGCGCCAGCUGGUGGACCUACGAGACCCUGGCCGCCGAAAGCGCCAGGGACAGGAAUCAACUGAUCGACAUGCUCAUGCCGUGCUUCUUCUGCGUGUCCAUCUACACGAUCGCCUGCUGCUGCGUUCUCUCCUGGCGACGGUCCAGGCCUUGGUGCGGUUUUGAAUGUGUAGACUGGAAUGGGCGAUGGAGCGCAGCAGGUUGGGGCAGACUGCCUUAGGUCCGAAGGGACAUAAUCGACUCCGAUCGAGGGAUUCAGAAAAUAUUGAGAAUGAAUGGACAAAAACUAGUAUUAGAAACAGAAAGGCUGUAUAGAGCGACAUAGCGCAACAGGUAGAGUGCCUGUCUAUUAUCCGAAGGGUCACAGGUUCGGUCCCGGCCGAGGGAUUAUGGAAAUUUUGAAAAUAAACGGACAAAAAAUAAAUGUUGAAAUGAUCAUCUGGGGAAAUUUUUUGAUUCGUUCAAUGAAAAUUUUGUAACAGGCAAUCUCACAUAAGAGCUCCCUGAAAAAGGAAAACAAACUAUUUUUUAAGCUCGAUAAAAAGCGGAAAAAAGGCUUUGAAAUUUGAAGAAAAUUCUGAAAAACUGCUUUAGAAACAGAAAGGCUGUAUGGAGCGACAUAGCGCAACAGGUUGGGGGUCUGUCUUAGGUCCGAAGGGUCACAGGCUCGGUCCCGGCCGAGAAAUUUAGCAAAUUUUUGAAAAUAAACGGAAAAAGAAUGGUGUGAGAAAAAAAAGACUGAAUGGCGCGACUUAGCGCAAGAGGUUGUGUGCUUGUCUACUGUCCGAAGGGUCACAGGUUCGGUCCCGACUUAGGGAUUUAGCAAUUUUUGAAAACAAACGGACCAAAAAUAGUAUGAGAAACAUAAAGGUUGAAUAGCGCGACUUAGCGCAACAGGUUGUAUGCUUGUCCAUCAUCCGAAGGGUCAAAAGUUCGACCCCGACCGAAGGAUUCAAAAAGUUUCUGUAGUGGGAGCGCUUGAUAAUUUUUAUCGGAAACAACCGAAGACGGAUAGGUCUCUAAAAUCCACUGAUUGUCACUGAAAACAGAAUAGGACCUUUUCACAAAGCCGCUCGACCGCUACAAAAGCGUGAGAAGAAAAAAAAAGUAGUUUAGAUUGGAAUGGCUCAAUGCGUAGCGGCUGCGGAGCGGUUCAGAUUUUUUUUCUUAAGAACUUUCAAACUUGAUUGGACGCGUUUACAUGAUGUAGUUGGAUUAUCGCAAAAAAAUAAAAUCUUAUUGAUAUAUUAUCAAUAAAACAGGCAAGUGCAGUAAGAAGUACAGGAAGAAACCAUCGAAAAACUGAAAGCUGAUUUUUUGAAACAAUCAAGCUUUUCCUGUUGAAAAUUGCAUUUAUUUACAUCGAGGACCUUUUAAAAAUGAUUUUUUGGCGUCGAAUGACUGAAGAUGUUUCCCAUGAACACUAGUGCGAUUUUUGAAUUGGCGCCAAAACGCGCAUGAGCUACAUAUGUCGCACUUUGCCGUUUCAACUCUCAUAUUUGUCAGAUUAUUCAGUCGGGCGGGCGGUUCUGCCUGUGGUACUCCCGUAUUAGUACCGCUAAUCAAACUUUUGUUUUUUACCACACCACUUUAGCCCAUUUAAAUCUCAAAUGUCCGAAAUAAACGCUGCUGGGGCACCUGUUUCUUCUUGUGCCCGUUUUUCUUCCGUUUAAGCAAAAUUAAGACCUCAAAAUCUACGGGCUCAAUACGGGUACGCCCGUUAAGUCAUCUAGCAUGGGGAAAGCCGAGACAAAUACCGUGGCUCAAAAAGAAAUAAUUAUAAAAAAAGAAGAAUUUAGGCUUGCCAUCGGCGGCGUCAUCUCGGCAGCCAUGGCCAUCGCUUCAGCCGUCGGUCUUCUCCUUCAUCUUGGAUUCGGCAUGACCAGCGUCGCCUAUUCGAUGCCUUUCAUCGUUUUUUGUGAGUUCAGAGAAAGAAAAAUAGAAAAAGUACAUAAUAUUGCAAAUUUGCAUAUAGAAAUCGUGUAAACUUUUUAGAUUUCUUGAAAAAAUUGAGCUUUUCAAUGAUUUAGAGAGAAAUGACCUCUGAAAAUAUUUGUUUAACAAAAUUUCAAUGAUUUUAGGACUUUUUCUGUUCUUUUUAUAAAAAUGGUGGGAAAAGAUUUCAAUCGAAGCCAUUAUUUCAAUGCCUGGCUGGUCAUUUUUCUGCUCAUCUAGAAAACAUUAUUUUUAUCAUAACUUCCUGUUUCAAGGACAAAAUACUUUUCUAUAAGGUUAUACUAUUUUAGUGAUGCUACAACAAAGUAAAAAUUUUCCUACCACUGUCCAAGUCUGAACUGGGAAAAACUAUAAAAGGGUCACUUAAGAGGUCUCUAAAGGACUAUUUGGAGUGGAUAUUAAAGUGGCCACUAAAGCCACCUUUAUAGAAGCCCUUAUUUUGCGUCUUAGUGGCCACUACAGUAGGGACCACUAUUUCGACUACUAUAGUGACCACUAAAACGUCAAAACCCUAAAGAGGUCACUAAGAAUCGCCUUUUCCAUCACGCGUCCUUUUGAAAACUGAAUUCGAUGGUUUGUUUCGCAAGCUUUGAACCAAAAGUCCUCAAUAACUUCAUACUCCAAAUUUGGUCGAAAAACAGCUCCGUGAGUUGCACUUGAGUAGCCUCGAUCACACGGUCAAGUGUUGCUAUUCACUGGGGGCCGCUUUUUUGAGCCAAACCAUGACCUGUACUUUGCACGUACACCACCAAAGUAUCGCUUUCCAUCGCCAAGCACUCGACUUUUCGAGUGGCGGCCCCAGUUUUCACAAGGGACCUCAUUUUUGCGUGAAGUUUGGAAUUUUUCUGAAUAUUUGCUCAAACAUGGUAUGAAGGUAUGGGGCACGGAAGACUUUUGUGGGCUUGAAUUAAUAGGGACCCCUAUAGGGACCACUAUGGAAUUCCUAAGAUUGUCAAUUUUUUCUGUUCGUUUGAAGGAGCGUAACUUGAGUUAACUUUUGCUUGAGUUAAAAUUUCUGAAAUGAGACAUUUUUCCGGAAAUUUGAUAAGAAUCUACUAUGAGGUUGAAGGGAAGAGAUUUUCAGAAGCAAACUUGAAAUUAAAUUUCUAUAGUGGCCACUUGAGAGGUUCCUUAAGAACUACUUGGAACGGACGCUAAAGUGGUCACUAAAACCAACUCUAUAGAAGCCACUUUUUCCCGUCUCAUUGGUCACUAUAGUAGUUUUUAGUGGUCUAGGAGUGCUACCUAGACUUCUUAAGAGACCAAUAAAUCGUAACCACUCAAGUGGUCACUAAUUCGACUUCCAAGGGGCUAUUAAAACGCCAAAUCCCUUAAGAGGCUACUGAAAAAUUUCUCAGUAGGAAAACUUGUUUUUCUUCUGAAAAAAGCUGUGAACUAUGAGUAGUCAGAAGAUGAAAAUUAAAAAAUUAAUUGCCUUUAGGCUACCAUUGUUUAGUGAAAUCCGAAACAACAGUUUUCUGUCUUCCGCCUACCAGUUUUUGAACAUUAAAAAAAAAUGAAGGCUAAAAAUUUUUUUCGAUUCCACUUCCAAAUACACAGAGUUACACUAUUAUUAUCAAAAAUUUUUUUGGGAUGAGAAAAAGUUUUUUUGAAAACUAUUGAUUUUAAGUGCAUAUCCGCAAGUCCCUCGAUAAAGUUCCCUAAAGUGGCUACUUGGGGAAAAUUUUCAGUUUGGAUUAUAUGGACUUUCAAAAGUUGCAAAAUUUUUAGAUAAUCAUAUCUCGAAAACUGAAAUUUUGCUCAAGUUGUACCUUAAAAGAUUUUUUCUAGACCCUGACAGAAUUUUUGACAAAAUAUUCAGAUACUCCCAAACUUGACACUAAAAUGACCACUCAUGUUAGGCCUGCCUAUAUUUGGCACCGAAACUUUGGCGGUAGACCAUGGAAAUUUGUUGUUGUUGUUGCUGCAAGAAUGGGCCCGACUGUGUGUUGAGCUUGUCCGCAAACACCGCCACCCAAAGUUUCAGACCUUGCGGAUUUUCUCGCAAAAGUUCGUUUUGAGUUUGGGUUGAACAAGGUCAAAAGAUCGGGAUGGGGCUUGGGAAAAGCGAAAAACGGGAUUUUUGGUGUCAUUAAUUUUCUAAAAAUGACAUAAAUUUCCUGAAAAGGUCAAUGACGUCAUUUAACAAAGCUACAGAAAUUUAUGACGUCAUCUUUCACAGAAAAAAUAUCUAGUUUACUUUCGAGUGACGUUAUUUCACGGUUAAAUUGAAACUAUGCCGUUAUAAGCACUUAAAAAGUUGAGAAUACAAGUGACAACUCUAGGAGAACUAACUUCCAUUCGAAACAGGGUAUAACUGAUUUUAUUGAAAAAAUCCAAUGAAAAACGUUCAAAUUUGGCUACCAAACCAAAAAAAAAACUCCUACAGUAAUCUCAGAGGGAGCCUUUUUUUUCGUGGCGAGACCUCAAUCUUAAAUCAUCUCUUGUUUGUGGAUAUUUAUAAGGUGGUGAGGCUGAUUCUCGGAAUUAUUUCUCAACGAAUGGGGGCUCUCAAUCAGACUUUAUCAUGAGAUUUGCGAAAUAAUGUAUAAUUAUUUUAUACGACUCCGAAAGAUGAAUUUUAGAAACGUUUUCGAUCAUAUUUGCAGGACUGAGAAAAAUAAUUUGAGUUUUCAAAGUUCAAAAAUAGUUAAGGUCCGCGUUUAUUUGUUUUUAUUGAAGAUCCUCACGGAAAAAGCUCAGUUUCAGAAAGAAUAAAUGUGGAAAAAGACAAGAAAAAAAGGCCACAGUAACCUGAGGGCUAGUAGAUUUUUUCGUGGCGAGACCUUGUUUUCAAGGUUCUUGGAGUUAUUGGAUUUUUAUAAGAUAUUGGGACAAAUUCCUGGGAAUUUUUUCACUGGAAUGAAUGAUCUACAACAAGUGUCACCCCAUUCAUUUGAUAAUGUAGUGGAAAAAAGGUCCAUGCGGAACUUAUGAGCCUUUUUUUAUUUCUUUUUCGAUUUUUUUCUAUAGUUUUUCGUAGUCAUAAUUAAGAAGAUUUUCAAAAAGUGAAGCUAGAAAAAUAUGUCGUUCAACUUUUAUAUACAAAAUUUGAACAAGAAUCCUGUUUUUUUUUUCUGAGACCCAAGAAAAGAAACAUUUAGACGCUACAGUAAUCAUAGAAGAAGCAGUUUUUUUCGUGGCGAUACCUCGCUUUGAAGGUUUCUGAAGUUUUUGGAUUAUUAUAAGGUUACGAAAUAAAUUUCCGGGCAUCUUUUCAGUAAAAUUGAUGCUUCACGUCGAGUUUCAUUCUAGACAUUUGGAAGUUUAAUGAUAAAGUUCAGAUUAACCUGAUCAGAAUGGUUAUUAUACUUUAAUGUAUUUUUAUAGCAUUCUGACACACUGUUUCAAUAAAUUUUCGAAAUCAAAAUGAUAAUUUUCCGUGGUUUAAUUUUUUUUAAAUGGAUUUUCCACCAGAAAACCUGCUAUUUUCGUUAGAAUAACAAAUGAAAAGCGUUGCGAAAAUCCUACAGUAGUUGCUGAAGAAGAGGCUGCUUUUUCGUGUCGAUACCCCAUUUUCUCAAUUUUUCAGUUUCACGAUUGUUUUAAGCAAAUUAAUCAAUAUUUUCAGAUUUUUUUCUGAUAGGGCGGUUAGUUUUGCUCAAGUUCCCGAUGAAAAAAAUUCGAAAUUUUAGUAAAACAUAUCCAGACAAGCUACACAGGCAUGAGUUUGUAUCGUUUUUCAAGUAAAUUAUCCUCUUUAAGAACUUUUUUUCGGAUUUUUUUCCGAUAUAAAAUAAUUUAGAAGUGUUUUUUUAUUACUUUGAAAAAUCGAAAAAGUCCCACGAAUAGUUUGAAUUUUUUUCUUGAUUUCGCGAUCAAAAAGAAGAAAAACUGGCUACAGUAGCCUCAAUGCUAGCCAGUUUUUCUUCGUGGUGAAACCCCUCCUCGAUAUUUCAAAUGUUUUUCGGUUAUUUUUAAGGUGAUUUAGGGAUAUUUUUUUCAAUUUUUUUAUUUGGCAAAUGAAUGGUUUCGAUUGAGAAAAAUUUUUUUAAACAUUCAGAAAAUGUAAAAACUAUCUAGAGCUUCUUUAUAGUCCAGAUUCUAUGUUUUUUGAUUUUUAAAUCGUCUUUGACACACCUUUUUGUCAAAUUUUUUGAAACUUUUGAUGGAAAAGUUUUUUUUUACUUUUUUUUUAUUAAGAAAUUCUGCAAAAGUUCAAAUUCAUGGAGUAUAAUGCUCAAAAUUGUGGUGAAAAACUUGCUACAGUAUUAUUAAGACUGGCUGCUUUUUUCGCUGCGAGACCUACCCUUCGAUGUACUUUUUUUGAAAUUCGCUUUUUUUCUUUCAAUUUUCAUUGAAAAGAAAUUUUUUGGAGAAAGUUACUGUUAUCAUUUGACGGAAUCCUGUUUCUUAUAGUUUUCUGAAUUAAAAAACUCACGAAACGGGAAAAUAUUAUUUAACUGAUUAAUUGACCAACUUAAAAAUUUACCUACAAAGGAGGUCAGUUAACGUUUCACUAGAAAAAGGUUCGGAAAGUCUCAAUUUACAUAGUUUCUUAGUGUUCCAGAAAUAAGGGUUCAAAGCUCCAAAAUGGCCUAAUUCAAAGGGUUUUGAGGGCUUUCUUUGACUUGGAGGUGUCUUUUUCCGAAAACUAGGAUCAAUUUGAUGAAGAUGAAUAUGAUAUUCUUGCAGCGGUCGGCGUGGACAACGUCUUCAUCCUGCUGUCGGCAUGGCGGAGCACCCCCUCGACGGCUUCUCUGGAAGAACGGAUGGAGGAGACGUUCGCCGACGCGGCCGUCUCCAUCACGGUCACGUCGCUGACCGACCUGAUCUCCUUCGGCGUCGGCUGUGCGACUCCUUUCCCCAGCGUCCAGAUGUUCUGCAUGUACGCCGUCGUCGCCGUCGUCUUCACCUACAUCUACCAGUUGACGUUCUUCGCCGCCGUCAUGGUCUUCACCUCCAAGAGGGAGAUGGCCAAUAGAAGCUGCCUCACGUUCAGGAAGAUCCACAAGAGCAUCGGUUGGUCAAUAAAAAAUGGCUUCUAUAUCUGAUUCCCGGCUGGGCCUGUCUGCGCUCUCCACGAUCCAGGCACUGUCUCGUGCAUCAUCGUGUCAGGACCCUUUUUUCGAUGGCACAAGCCAGCCGUGAAUCAGCUAUAUGAGUUUGAAAUCGCGGGAGAGAAAUUUUCUCUUAAUCUAAAUACCUACAGUAGGGAUGCGAGAAACGCUUUUCGAGACUUUUUGAGACAUUUCGAGACAUGAUCUUGUCCCGGUCUCGAGAUGCAGAGAAAAAACUGAUCCCGUCUCGAGAAAUUUCAAUAUGAAAAAAAAAAUUUUUGAGCAGAAAAAUUGAAAAUGGCGUAAAAUAUGAUGUUUUGGUCGUGACACAGUGCACCAAAAGCAGUUAAAAAGUCGUGACACAGUGCACCAAAAGCAGUUAAUUUUACGUAAUUUUUUUUUUUGAAAUUUUUUCGAACUUGUCCCAAGAUUUCUUCGAAAAAUUCUCUCGUCUUAUAAUCAAAAGACCCCUUCUCGUGCAUCACUGAUCUACAGACAUUGAAAUGAUAAAAAACAAUAAUUCUAGAGAUUAAAGUCGUAAAGUAGUACUUUUUUGUGUUUGCUGAAAGUAGAACUGUAUGAUAUUCAUUCAAAAGUUAGUAAGCGAUACAGAAAAAUCUCCAGAAACCUGGACGCCAGCCAAAGACGCCAACGAAGACCGAAGCUUCGAGAAAAACAGCAUUUUGGCCCAGUUUUUCAAGACGACUUAUUCUGAUUGGCUUCUCAAUCCCAUCGUUAGGGUCAUUAUUUUGACGCUCUUCGUCGCCUAUUUGGUAAGUUAUUAAACUUUUUUUCUACUAAACCCCUCCACAUAAUUAUAAAGCCACUUGAAAAUUUAAUUCCCUGUUUCUGGUUAUAAUCUGGAAAAGUUUCUACUUUCAAAGGUUUUUAAAGAUUGAUACAUUAAAUGCACGCAUAAAACAAAUUUUACUUGAAAACCAGCUGCAAAAAAAGUCCUUUUUUUGUUUCGAAAAAUGGUGUUUUUCCAAUCCACAUAAUUAUGGAGCCACCUUAAGUUUUUAAUUUUCAAAAAAUUUUAAUCGACUCUUUUCUCUGUUUUUUUUUUGACUCCAUGUGUUCGUUCAACAUUCAGUAGCUAAGUAAAACAAGAAAAUAGCUCCAGAGGUAAAAAAAUAUAUCGAUUUUUCCAAAUAGGAGCCGGAUUAUGCUGUGACUUCGAAAUGAUCUUGAUUUUGACCAAAAGUUGAUUUUCCAAAUUAAGAAAGUGUAGGAAAGUCAAUAAGAGAAGUUGAAUAUUUGUUGGAUAUGUUAUCUUAAAUAAAUAAAAAUAUGCCUCAAACAGGGAAACAAGCAAAUUUUUAGGUGGCUCUAUAAUUAUAUGGAGGAGUAUAUAUACAGUACCGCUCAAAAAGUCUAUUAAGUUUUUGGUUUUUUUGGGGAUAUCUCAGCGAGUACUUAUCCGAUUUAUAUAUAACUUUCAGGGAUAAUGUAAAAUAUACUUUGAAACAUAUACGGUAUACAAAGACAUGUCCGCAAUGACUGUGACGCGUUUUAGGCAUUUUUUUAUUGAAUUCCAUUUUUGUUUUUUUAUGCUCUUUAUUUUUUUAUUUAUUUUUUUAUUAAAUUUUUUUAAAAUUAAUAAUGUUGCCAUAUGAUUUUUUUCAUGUUUUUCAGACAUGGGAAGAACCUUUGGAAAUAAGAAUUUGACUGAUAACGACAAAAGAGCCAUCGUUGUGGGUCGUCAAAAUGGACUGACCAUGAUGACGUUGGCAGGAAUGUUCGGCGUGACAGAGGCGGGCAUUUCUCAGUUCCUAAAGCGUCAGAAAGCUCCAGAUGGCUCUACUAACAGCCAACGCACUGGAAGACCACGUGUCACUGAUCGUAAUGACGAUAGGAACAUUUUGAAGACGUCUAGAACCAAUCCAAGACUCACCGCCCCUGCGAUCAGACGGGAAGUUUUUCUUGAAUUUCGCCAUCUCCGCCAUCCGUCUCGACCGUGAAACGACGUCUGAAUGCUGCUGGAAUCAUGGGAAGACGUCCAGUGAAGAAACCGCUGAUUUCUGAAAAGAAUCGAGCCGCCAGGGUGAAGUGGGCGAAGGAGCAUCUCAACUGGACCCGUCAAGACUGGAACAAGAUUCUGUGGUCCGACGAAAGCAAGUUCCUCCUCUUCGGGAGUGACGGAAUUCAGUGUGUUCGUAGACCGAUUGGGUCCAGAUAUCAUCCGAAAUACCAAUUACCCACCGUGAAACAUGGUGGAGGUUCUUGCAUGGUGUGGGGCGCCUUCUCUGGAAGUGGCAUCGGACCGCUUCAUCGCGUGAACGGCAUCAUGGACAAGCACGUCUACAAAGACAUUCUCCAGAACCAGGUGUUGCCGCACUUGAGAGCCAUGGGCCGUGGGAGUGUUUAUCAACGGGAUAACGAUCCCAAGCACACUUCACUGUUCGUCAAGGUGAGAAAAAUUGACAAGUAAUUCGUAUGGUUUUGAAACUCAGGACUGGUUCAAGAGCCGUCGGGUCAAUGUCAUGGGGUGGCCAAGUCAAUCUCCGGACCUGAACCCGAUCGAACAUCUCUGGGAAGAGUUGGAGCGACGUUGUGCCAACAAAAAGAGCCAAGAAUUGCAACGAGAAGUUUGUUCAACUGCUGUCUGAAUGGAAUCAGAUCCCCAUGUCUACCAUCGACACUUUGCUCAAUUCUAUGCAGAGAAGAUGCCAGGCAGUGAUUGACGCCAGGGGCUUUGCAACCAAGUACUAGGUCCCGAAUAUUGUUUUUAACAAUGUUUUUGUGUUGAUAAAAAAAUUUUUUUGUUGAGCUAUGAUUUUUUUAAUUGAAAAUAGCAAAAAAAUUCGAUUUUUUUCGAAAAAUUCGUUUUUUUCUCGAAAAAAAUUAUUAUUCUUUGAGCUAGCAACUUGAAAUUUUUGCCAGAACACGUAUGUCUCUCUCAGAAAACUAUGAAAAAAAUUUGAAUCGAUAUCGCACUUCAAAAAAAAUUUAUCCCCAAAAAACCAAAACUUAAUAGACUUUUGAGCGGUACUGUAAAAGACAAGCACUGCACUCUUCAAAACGUCAAUUCAUAAAAAUGGAAACUGAAACGGGAAAAAUUGAGAAAUUGAGAGAUCGAAUACUUUCCUGGCGACUUAAGAGGCUCCUUAGGGACCACUUGGAGAGGACACUAAAGUGGUGACUAAAACCCUAUAAGCCAUUGCCUUGCGUCUUAGUGGCCACUAUAGUAGUUUUAGUGGUCCAGUUGUACCACUCAGACUUCUAAAUAGACCACUUGAGUGGCCAUUAAUUCGACCACUGUAGGGGCCACUAAAAAUCUCACAGCAAUAAUACUUUUUGCAGAAGUUUUCUUUUUUGUUUUUAUUAUCAAAUUUCCAGGCGAUCGCCUCAUAUGGCUGUACAAAUGUGAAGCUUGGACUCGAGCCAAAUGACCUUUUACCAGCGAAUUCCUACGGUAAAAGGACCCUACAAAUGGCUGAGAAGUAUUUUUCAGGUAAAAAAUAAUUUUUAAUCCUCAAGGAUCAGUUUAUUCAUUUUUCGCAACGUUCAAAUGUCUGGUUUUUCUGAGUUUUAUGACGGUUAGAGAAAAGACAGUGCAGAGAAGUCAGACAGUUUUGAGAGAUUCAAAAAAAAAGUCUAAUUAAAUUGGAUUACUGUCACAGGCGUUAUACUUCAUUUUUUUUUCAACUAUUGUGGAUUUUGUUUGGUAAAUAAUGACUUCUCUGCGCCCUCUCGUUUUUUUAUGUGUAAUUUUUUUCCGUUUCUAUGACGGUAAGGGAAAAGAGAGCGCAGAGAAGUCGGACAGCUUUGAGAGAUUCAAAAAAAAACUUCAAUUCAAUUGGAUUACUGUCACAGACGUUCUAUUUGUAAAUAUUUUUCAGAUUACUGUAGUUUUCCUUUCAAAAUUCUGGGCCCUCUUAUUUUCAGUAAAUUUGACAUACUUUUAAGAGAUUGAGAGGAAGGAGAGCGCAGAGAAGUCAGACAGUUUCAAAAUAUAGAAAAAUCCACUGGAUUACGGUAGUUUUCUUUUCAAAAUUCUGAUUUCUCUGCGCUCUCUCUACUUUACAUGCAAUUUUCAUGUUUUUUUUUGACCAUUAAUGGAAUAAUUCACCGUAGAAUCUUUCAGGAAAAGCUCAAUUUGAACCGGAUUACUGCCCCAGGCGUCAUUUUUGUACUCAUUUUUUUCAGAUUACGGUAGCUCUCUACACGUUUGGAUGUACAACUUGUCCAGUGCCAGUUUGGCUCCGAGACGAGUUUGGGUCGUCUUGGAAAAGGAAAUCGAGUUGUACGAACAUACCGAGUUUACUGGCAGCAGUGAUUCAUGGUACAUUGAAAAAUGACCCUUUUGAAAAUACAUCCUGAUUUUUUCAGGCUCAGAACCUUUUUGGCUUUCGUGAAACAAGCUGGGCUUCUAAUCACGCCGGAAAAUUUUGUCUACAUUCUGAAAAAUGUCUUCCUGUCCCAGCCACAGUUCGCCAAGUAUGCCAGGUAAUUGAGAAACAGAUGACCUAGGAACAACGUUUCAAAAAAUAACUGGAGUUUGAAAAUGGUUUGAUUCAGAAAAAUCAUUUAAAACUUUGUGUUUUCAAUCAAUUUUUCUACUUAUCAUUUGAAGAAUUAUUUUUUCUUAGCAGUAGAGCGCGUUUGCGUUGCGGCUAUAUUAUCUUUUUUUCAACUAGUUACUUUUUAUGAAAAAAUACGUUUAAUCGGUUAAUUACAGCACAAUCGAAACUGAAAAUGAAGAGCUUUUUUUCCCCCGAUCACUUUUUUUAUUAAUGAAUCAAUUGAACUUUACAAAAUGAAUGUAUGAUUUUUUUAAAAUAAGUUCUGACUAACUCCUUCCACCCCUGAAAAAUUUUUUUCUUACGGUUUCUAGAGUUUUUUUAAAGUUUCAAGCCGAUUUCUGGAAUCACAUCAAAAAGUUACAUUAAAAAAAUUUCAAUACCGUAAAGCCUAUAGGCGAAUUUUCACUGCCUUCAUGCCUGUUAGAAUAAAUUUCCUUGUUUGUUUUUUUUUUCAACACGGAAAAUUCAUUCAGAGACGUGGUCUUCGACGUUGCCGGGGCGAACCUCGACGCAUCCAGAAUCCCAGUUCAACUCCGACAUGUCGGGUCGGCGAAUCAAAGUCGAGCCAUGCAUCUUUUCCGACGCCUCGCCGAGACUUCCGAACUCAACACUGGCGUCUAUGCCGACUUUUUCCAGGUCUUCAUUUUUCUCAAUGGAGUUUUGAGUGUUUAUAAUUGGUGAUUUCGUUUUUUCUGGCCAAAAUACCGUAUACCUUCCGAUCAAAGGUCUUGAAGCGAAGCGCGCUAAAAUUUCUGAUAUACUGUGUUUUUUCCUUUAAAAUUAUUACAAGUUUGCGGACGACUCACUAUGAACUUUUGAUUCAUUUCUUCAGAAAAAAACACGGAAAAUUGGCUUUGUCCGACGCGAAAGAAAAGCGAUAUCGCGUUUUCUCGGCGCGACAUCGCUUUUCUCUCGCUUUUUCUAGGCGCGAUAUCGCACUUUUCUCUCGCUUUUUCUUGGCGCGACAUCGCGCUUUUCUCGCUUCAAAAUUUGAACGUUUUCAAUAUGCGAGCUCGCGAAAAAAAGGGAGACCGGCGCGGCUACAAAGCAGCACUUUUGCGACAUCGCCAAUGUACUUCUAGCGAUAUCGCUCUUAUUGCGACAGUUGUUCUUAGUGAAACUUGAAAUUUAAAAAGAAAAACGAGGACUUUUCCAGUUUGCUGAACAGUACAACGCCGUACUUCCUGGAACCCUGUCUUCGAUCGCCUAUGCUGGAGUGGCUGUUGUAGCCGUUUCCUUGAUUUUUGAUCCCGGAACCCGUUGCCAGCUUAUGGGUGAGUUAUUCAGGAAAAAGUUGAUAAAAAUUUUCGUGAAGUUUUAACUUUUAGAAUGGAAACAUCUCUCAAAAACAAAGGUCAUUUAAAGAAUAUUCUUGAAAUUUCCCAAGUGAGACCUUGAAAAAAAUUCAGUGAAACAAUUUUUUCCGGUAAGCUAUGGAAAGAGUAAUAAGAGCUCUCAUAAAAGGCUCUUAAAAACCCCCUGAAAACAGUAAUCAUAUAUUUUUGAAGGUAUCUUUCUUCAAUCGUCUCAAUCAACAUCGGAAUCUUGGGAUUCAUGACAUUUUGGAGCGUCCGCCUCGAUUUCAUCUCGAUGGUCACGAUCGUCAUGUCCAUCGGAUUCUGCGUCGAUUUCGCCGCCCAUUUGGCUUAUAACUUUGCCAAAGUAUGUUUAAAAUAUGGUUGUGAUACAUUAUCAAUAAUGUUAUAGUUAUCUUUGAGCAAUCCCUGAGUUGAUAACUCUUAUUCUGGUCCCUAUAGUGGGUCCUUGAAGAUACCGCUUUAGGGACCACUUUCCCUUCCCUUUAGGGACCACGGAAGCUCGCAAAAGUGACCCCUAUAGAGUUUCAGUCAGCAACCCUACAAUCAAAAAAAAAAACGAAAAGACCUCCGAUUAAAAAUUUAGGAACUCUCGGAAAAUAUUUAGUGGCCACUUUAGGGUUUUGACAGUUCAAUGGCUACUCUAGCAGUCGAAAAAGUGGCCACUAAGGGGCUAAAAUUCUCUUUAGGCCUCUUUGAAUUUGUAGGUAUUACUACUAGACCAAUAAAAACUACUAAAGUGGUCACUAGGACGCAGAAUAGUGGCUAUUGAGAUGAUCCUAGUGGUCACUUGAGUUUCCUCUCCAAGUAGUCCUUGAGAAACCUCUCAAGUAGCCACUAGAUUUUUUCCCAAUUAAAAAUCAGACCCCUAUAGGGAUCACCUAAAUUUUACCUUGAAGAGCUUUUUCUUUUCCCCUAUAGGGGCUCUUUUUUGCCCUAACCCCUAAAGGGACCCCUCUGACGUCACCGGCAGAACCAACCGACCCUUUCCAUCAUGUCAAAAUUUUUCUUUCCAGGGCGAAAAUGUCCUGCCAGCCGACCGAAUGAGAAACGCCCUGUAUGCCGUUGGGGCGCCGAUUCUCCAAUCGGCUUCCUCGACGAUUCUCGGCGUUUCUUUCAUGGCUUCCGCGGAAUCCUACGUCUUCCGGAGCUUCUUAAAGACGAUCGUCCUUGUAAUUUUGCUCGGUUUUGAGAAUUUCAGCUCAAAGGAAACGUAUUUUCCUUUUAAGGAGCCCUACAUGGCCUCGUCAUCCUCCCAGUUCUGCUGUCGAUGUUCUUCUGUGGAUCAUCGACAUCGUCGAAAUCUUCGAAAGAGCAUGUUGAGGUGGCUUAGAAUCCAUGAAAUUGUGGGAAAAAAUCAGAAAAAAGGCUCUUUUCAAGACGAUUUACGGCUGGCUUGAGCCAUCGGAAAAAAAGGUCCUGACACGAUAAAAAAGGAGACAGUGUUUGGUUGGUGGAGAGUGCAGACAGACCACGCCCCUUCCCAAGCUAGCCGUGAAUCAAAAAUUUGCCUUUUAAGACUACUAUAAGUGAUAAGAAUCCAGAAGAUAAUGUUCGAUUCGUUCCAGGAAAUCGAACGAAAACUCCACGCGCAGUACAAAAACCCGGCGCGGACGGCCUCGAUACAAUUCCUGAGCAAUCCCGACCUGUACUCCUUGCCGGCCUCCACCGAGUACUCCCUGGCCAGCCUCGAGUACCAACGGAAGACGAAGCCGCCUCUGGGACCUCCGCCGGCGAUCUCGGCGACGAACUCGCCGUCGACGGAGCCGCCGAUGCGACAGCUCGGUCAGGCUCCGCCCCGGGAGCUCUCCGGCUCCUCCUCGACCUCACAGCCGCCGGAAUACGAGGAACGCGACCCCAACAACCCGCCAAUGUUCCCCAUGAGAGCCAAACUCAAGUACAACAAACGAAAAGUCGAACCGACUCGGGAUUUGUACUUUCCGACUUGA